AUCCCAUCAAACCAAACUGUAAAUGAAGGAUUCAGCAUAAAAUUUAAUUAGAAACUGUUUUUCUUGCUAAUUAUUAAUAAUUAACUAUGGCGUCGACAUCUAAAGACAGUGUGCCGGCCACAAGUGAUGUCCAGGUGAACAUAGGAAGUGAUUUAGAGCCUGGGGCCUGUCCGGAAAGUAUACUGAAUCCCACAGAUUCUUUUGAAGAAUUUGCUUCAGAGAUGAGCUCGAGUCUUCAAGAGAGGAACGAUUCUUUGACUGUGAAGAGCAGCACUAUCAGUGAGAUUCAGAGUGAGAUUGGAGAGAGCUCGAAAGAAGCGCAAAUGAAGACUGCAAAGUCGAGUGAUGAUUUAAGGAAUAAAGAUGAAUCCAUAUCAGCGUCAGCCAGCAACUCCAACCUGGUGGAAGAGAACGGGGAAGUGGAAAGUGAGCAGGAUGAUUACUUGAAGUCUCCGGAGCUCGUCAACAAGGAGAAGCAUGUGUUUAUAUUGAGUUCUGCUGGUAAACCUAUAUACUCUAGGUAUGGAAAUGAGGACAAGCUUGCCGGCCUCUGUGGAGUCAUCCAAGCGCUAGUGAGCGUAGUAGAAGACCACAACCAAGAUAUCCUGAGGGCCAUCAACACUAAAGACUGCAAAGCGGUGUUCUUGGUGAAAGGACCUUUGAUACUGGUCGCUGUGUCUAAGAGCAAUGAGAGUGAAACACAGCUGGUUUUACAGUUGACAUACGCCUUCAACCAAAUAGUGUCAGUUCUAACACUGACACAACUCAACAAGAUCUUCGAGCAACGUCGCAACUAUGAUCUAAGGAGAUUGCUGUCAGGCGCUGAAAGGCUUAUAGACCAUUUGCUUAUAUUCAUGGAAAAAGACCCAGCAUUUUUACUUGGUGCCGUCCGUUGCCUGCCGCUCCCAGAAAAAUCCAGAGAAUCCAUAACCCACGCCAUAAUAACAGCCUGCCACAAAAUAAGAGACCUAGUAUUCGCAAUACUGAUAGCAGGCAACCAGCUGAUCACUUUAGUGAGAAUGAAGAAAUAUACAUUACAUCCCUCCGAUAUACAUUUGUUGUUUAAUCUGGUGAGGAGUUCGGAGUCUUUUAAGACUGCUGAGAGUUGGACGCCGAUAUGUUUACCCAAGUUUGAUGCUACUGGUUUCCUCCACGGCCACGUCUCAUACAUCUCCGAAGACUGCCAAGCAUGCCUUCUCCUUCUAACAGUACAGCGAGACGCGUUCUACCCUCUCUCUCAAGCCAAACACACCAUAGCAGAGAAACUGCGGCAAAAUAAAUGCUUGUCGGCUAUCAACGACGCACUGAACAGGCAUCCAGAUUUACCAACGACAGAUCCGCUGAAACACAUAGGUAUACCAGAGAUCAGACACUUUAUGUACAAGUGUAAAUCCACGGCGCAGCUGUUCACUUCGGACCCUAUAUCUAUAGACAGGUUGCAGGAUUACCGAUUACGGCACAAAGAAGGCGGCGACGUGGUCAAAGAGAGGAAGCUAACGAAAAUGUCAGAAAUAGACUACGUGAGGAACUACAGAAAGUUCUGCAGCCAGAUACAUUGUACAUCUACGCCUGCCAAACUGAUCUUUAGGUCCAAUUCGCAAGAUACCAUACUGGCCUGGAUAACGAACGGCUUCGAGCUAUACGUGACCUUCGAUCCCCUGAUGGAUAAAGACCACGCCAUAAAGGCGGUGGAUCGCCUCCUCCGGUGGAUCAAACGGGAGGAACAGAGGAUCUUCAUCAUGAACGCUCCGACCUUCUAGCCCGCGCCUUUUAGGGUCAGGAACCCCUUUAUGAGGUACAGUGUAGAAGAGAAAAUAAAUGAUGUACAUGAAACUCUUUAAUGUUGAGGUGAUGUUCUUACGAAUGUUCGUAUAGCCUCCUAAGGCCCAGCCAUACAAAUGAAAAAUGCAAAAUUUGCCACAGAAAUUUGUACCUACAAUGUAGGAAAUAGAACUGAACGAAACAAAACAAAAGCAACUCUGUUCCAAUUGAAUAUGAUUAAAAUUUCAUUGAACUGAAUAAGUACUAUAGGUAGGACCAUGGGCCUUAACCUUUUGGCCGCCGGACCUAGUCCGCAAAGACGCUCACUCACACGCCAGAGCAAAUUUUAAGUAAACAACUAAUAAAAAGUUUAGGGAUUGCAAAUAGUGAUAUCGAUAUUUACAAUAUUUAAUAAAAAUCUUUUUAAUUUAGCUUUGUUCUUAUCCUGUUUUAAUUUCAUUCCAAAUUGCCAAAAUUAAACAUAUGUUUUACACCCGAAAAUGUUUAAAAUAUAGGGAUUUAACAUAAAAAACAACCACUAAACAAUGUCGAUUCAAGACGUGAUAUCGCCGCACUAGGCUGUACGAGAAGUCUUUUAUACAAGACAACGGCGCCCAUGGACUGCCCGCAGUGCAGACCGACAAGGACUGUUUCCGCGCGGAUCAAUUAAUAAUAGUCUCUAGGUCAACGGCGUAAGCGCUUGUCGGUACGUAAACUUUAUUGGCGUAACGUUAAAGCUGCGCAUCAUGUGUCGAUAAAGUCAAUAUACCGGAACUGUUUUAGUGAAAAUUACACGUGGGUUGAAUUUUUUAUGAGUGAAGAUAUUAUUCCGGAAUUAGAAUCGAUCAUUAUAAUUUCAGUUUGGUUUACAUUAAUCUAUAGGUAAACUCUUAUCAAAAAAACGUUCAACGACUUGUUAUAAAAAAAUUACACAUUAACUUCAAUGUUAUAACAAUAAAAGUAAAGUCUGAUAAACAGGUAUGAUCCUGUACCACACUUGUGCGAAGCGGUCGCUGCGGUGUAUCCCUUCCCACUAAGCUAUAAAAUAACAUCAAUUAUUUUUUUUAUUUAUCUCUUCUGCAAUUAAAUAGUCCACAAUCUACAAUGGCAAAUUUACUUGUCUGACUCUACUUUAUAGAGCUAAAGAAGCUACCUGAACUUUAAAUAUAGUUAUGCCUAUCUGACUCUCGUUCUACGUAUUCUAGUAAGUAGUUACCUACUAUUCGUUGAAAAAAAUUGGCGAUUAACAAGUGUUCAAAUACUUAGAUAAAAACAUAUUUCUGACUUUAUAUUUACUUUAAAAAUUCCCAUAUCGAGUUAACAUUCCCAUCCCUAGCUGUCUUUUAUACAAGACAACGGCGACGAGGAACAUGAAAAAUGUUGAAAAUUGGAGCAAUUUUUUUAAAUGCCUUAUUAUAAAAGAAGGGAUUUAUAUAGCUGCUUAAAAAGCAAAUAAAUGAAAAAACAAAGACUUUAAAUAUGAACACGAGUGUAAAUGAAAUUGCAAUUGUUAUUAUUUUCACAUUAACUCAGUGGUUGAAUUUGUGUCUUGUAUACAAGACGACGGCGCCAGCGUAUCGUUCUAUCGUUGUCUUCUAUACCGGACAACGGCGGUCAAAGGGUUAAGAGGAUAGGAAAGACUUUUUAGAAUAUUUCACGAGUGUCGCUUACGAAACGCUAUUAUUUACCCCCCUCUAGCGGCCCAAAAGAAAAAUUGACAGUCAAAUUUGAAUCAAUGUUGAUUUUUUUUCGUUAAAAGACGUUCUAGCUCGCGCAGCGCAGGGUUAGGAGCCCCUUGACGUAUGACGUAGAAAACUAUUGAUGUACCUACAUGAAACUCUUUAAAGUUGAAAGUUAUGGUGGUAUCCGUAUACUAAGUUUCGUGAGUGUUAAUAGCCACUCACAUGCUUGAUAUUUUUCAGUGACCUCUAUGAUUAUAAAACCGGGCAAGUGCGAGUCGGACUCGCGCACGAAGGGUUCCGUACCAUAAUGCAAAAAAAACAAAAAUAAAAAGCAAAAAAAAAAAACGGUCACCCAUCCAAGUACUGACCACUCCCUACGUUGCUUAACUAUGGUCAAAAAUCACGUUUGUUGUAUGGGAGCCCCAUUUAAAUCUUUAUUUUAUUCUGUUUUUAGUAUUUGUUGUUAUAGCGGCAACAGAAAUACAUCAUCUGUGAAAAUUUCAACUGUCUAGCUAUCACGGUUCGUGAGAUACAGCCUGGUGACAGACGGACGGAUGGACGGACGGACGGACAGCGAAGUCUUAGUAAUAGGGUCCCGUUUUACCCUUUGGGUACGGAACCCUAAUAAAAUAAGGGUGACAGCUGGUAGCUACAGUUAUCAAAAGCAUGUGAGUGGCUAAGAAAUAGGGUAGCUGGCCACUGUUAGUAAUUGGCCACCAAUUGAAUUCUAUUCACCUAUAAACAGAAUUCAUAUAAGGUUUCAAUAACUGGCCAGCCAUCAACUAAAAUGAAUUCUGUUUAUAGGUGAAUAGAAUUCAUUUUUAGUUUAGGGUGGCCAGUUACUGGCGAAUUACCUCACAUUAGAAAAUUACUCUGGAGUGUUUUGAAAGGCUCUCUCAAAAUGCUAGAAAGCUUUCGGUCGGUUUUGUUACGUUACUAAAUUUUACAGAGUAAUUAUAAAAACCGGGCAAGUACGAAUCGGACUCGCGCACGAAGGGUUCCGUACCAUAAUUAAAAAAAAAAACAAAAAAAACGGUGACCCAUCCAAGUACUGACCACUCCCGACGUUGCUUUUAACUUUGGUCAAUAAUCACGUUUGUUGUAUGGGAGCCCCAUUUAAAUCUUUAUUUUAUUCUGUUUUUAGUAUUUGUUGUUAUAGCGGCAACAGAAAUACAUCAUCUGUGAAAAUUUCAACUGUCUAGCUAUCACGGUUCGCGAGAUACAGCCUGGUGACAGACGGACGGACGGACGGCGACAGCGAAGUCUUAGUAAUAGGGUCCCGUUUUACCCUUUGGGUACGGAACCCUAAAAAUCCACACGCGUGGAUAGCCUGUGCAUAUGCUGUGGUGGUUUCGUAAGCACACAACACAACAAUCAGGCGUGUCAACAAUGAUUCCCAACUCACCCAAACGCCCAGUAAAAAUUAGCUACCUGACAAUCUUUUGAUAAUGUAGCAUGAAUCUGCCUUUUAUUAUUACCAUUAUAUUUUUCAAUCUUACCUACGUGAACUUCGAUCUUCGAACAAGUAGAUGCUUAAACUAAAUGCAGUAGUAACCUCUACCUAGAGUAAAAACAAUGUUAGCAGAACAUAACUCUACUCAACGUUAAAUGUCUAGCUAGACCUUGUGUAACAUUAAAUUAUUUAUAAUAAAUUAAUAAUAUUCUAUAGAUGUAGUUAUACCUAAUUGAUUUCCAUCGUAUUUUCUCGGAAACGUUCGUAUUAAUCAUGCUAGUUCAGUCAACCUCAGUACUUUUUUACUGAGACUGACUGCAAGCAAGACACGUUCGUACGUUUCCGCGAAAAUACGAUGGAAAAUAAAUUAUGCACUACAUCUGUAUAUGCUUAAACUAAACAUAGUAGACCACUAUACAAAGUAAAAUCAAAAAGUUUGCAGUACAAUACUCUAUGCAACGUUAAAUGUAUAAUAUUAUAGUAUUUAUACAAAGAGAAUUUAGUAUAGAGGCAUAUGGUCAAAGUAAAUUUUGUAGUGACAGUAAAAUGACUGCCAUCUUUCGACACAGGAUUAAAACUUUUAGAACGCCAUUUGACUUUGAUCCUUGUUUUUUCACUGAUAUGUGUUUUUGUUAAAUAUCAAAAUGUGUCGCCAUCUACAGGAGUAUAGGCCAAAGAUAUGGCGCCAUCGCUCGUAAAGAUGGAAUUUACUUUGACAAUACGCCUCUAUCCUCGUGCCGCCCAAUGUACAUUAGGAUGUACAAUCAGUUUCGAUGGAAUGUCAACCUUAAUGAAAAACAAAUUAGGCAGCAUUUCAUUUGUCUUCUAAAAUUUUCGAACAAAUGAAAUUCAACCCAAUUGAAUAUACAAUAAGAUUCUAAUUUCCUUGGCUAUAAUUUUGUAUGGUGGGCGGCACGAGGCUAUAGUAAUUUCUCUUUAAUAAUAAUAUUCUAACUAAGCGUGUAGUUUUAUGAAACGAUGCUCGAUUACUGUACCUUAUUAUUAUUAGAUAUUUAUAAUAUAAAAAUUGUAAAUAAUAUGUAGAUAGACAAGAAUGGGAUAAUUUAAAUAGCUUUGCUAUAUUAUAUAAUUUCAUUGUUUUUACCUUUAAUUCCGACGUUUCAGCUGAAUGGCACCAGCCGUGGUCACGGAAAGACUGACGUCCCAAUAAAUGUCAAAGGAGAUAUUAUUAAAACAACACUAAACUACCCGAAAUUAGUCAGUCUUUCCGUGACCACAGCUGGUGCAACUCAGCUGAAACGUCGGAAUUAAAGGUAAAAACAAUGAAAUUAUAUCGCGGUAGACCCCCGUUUGUGGAAUUAAUUUACUUUUAGGUAACAACAGCACUUUUUCUAUAUUCGAGCACAUACUAAAACUUAUGUUCCUGAAGAUAACGUUUUUAAUAUAUGCAUCCAAAAACUAGAUAGAAAAUUAGAAUUAAACGUGCCAAAUUGGUGGAUGUAUUUAUCUAUUAUGGCAUGUUUUUCCGCAUUUUUACUUCGAGUAAGAAUAGCAAACUAUAUGGAGUUAGACCAAGAAAAGUCUGCAACGAUAAUGAUAGCACACAGAAGUUUGACGUUUAAAAUAACACUUGCACUGCGUGUGCUAUAAAAAUGGUUGCAGACUUUUCUUGGACUAUCUCUAUUAUAAAAUAAAGGCACAGAAAUAUUUUAUACUUUCUGAAUUUAGCAAUAAAAUAAUAUGUUAAAACUGUCAUCUAUUUUGUCAAUAAUUUCAAAACAUAGCAUCUUAUUUGCCUGGGAUAAGAUCAUAGAUGAACCAUUGUUCAUAACAAUAUAUUAUAUAGGGAGUAAUAUUACUUCCACGGAAAAAGGGAUUUCUCCUCUAUUGUCAAGGCGCUAGAGUGUUCAGAUAUUUUUGUGCACCUCGGCCGCUCCUAUACCGGGUGCGGCCUGUAAUACGAGCAAAAAAUUAAACUAUAGGCUGUACUCCUCAUACCGAACAACAUUUGUUCAGCGACUUUUAAAAAUAACUUGUGGUUUGAUUUUUAAUACACUUUAAAGUUUAUUCUAAGACGCAAUGUAUUGCGAAUUUUGUUAUGUUUAAGGCGUGACAAGCAACGUCAAUCACAAUGAUAUGGCGUGGCGAUGGCGUCCAUUGAAGAUAAUAUUUAUUUUGUAUGAAAAAUAGGGAGUCUAAAUACUUUAUAAUUUUCAAAAGUUGUUGAACAAAAGGGUCACCUUUUGAGGAGUACAAUCUAUGUUUUAAUUAUUUGCUCGUGUUGCAGGCCACACCUGGUAUAUCUGAUGGCCAUCGACUGUCGACUGUACCUAUAUAAUCUGACAGGCAUUUGGUCGGUUUUUAACUUAUUUCGAACGACUAGUUGAAAAGGUUUAUUUAGUGGUUAGAAUGCAUUUAUGAAUUUGUAAAUAUUAUAAAAAUACAAAUGUGAUGGUAAAUUAUAAGAAUAAUUGAUGAAUUUCUGAAUUCAGUAUUGAAAUUGUCUAUGAAAUUAUUUAGAAUGUUAUAUUUUGUUAUAAUUUAAUGGUUUUAUAAUAAAGUUGCAGCUUAUAAAACAA